GUCUCCAUUGUCUUUGACAAAGCACACAUACAAGGACCAAACCAAAAUAUUAAUUAAUUAGGUGCAUAUAGCAACCAUUUCUCUGUUUUUCACAACACAUUCACAACAUUUUCUGUCCUUCAUCAUUUCCACUUUGACUUUCAUUUUUCUGCAACUAUUUGUAUAUAGCCACUUCAAACUUCUCCUCCUUCUUCCACCAUAGCAACAACUAUGGCCACCACACCUUAUCCAAAACCACCUUCACAAGCCACUCUAAACACAAUACAAGAAAUCACUCAAAUCUAUUCAUCACUUCCACCUAGACCUUCCAUAGAAGAAAUAGAAGCUGCUACAACAACCCUUGACACUCUUAACAACUUGGAAGAAACAAAACUCCAAGAAAUAUCAACACAAAAACCACCACAUGAUGUUCCUGAUGAUCUUUUCUAUGUUCUUCAACAACUCAAGAAUACCAUGGUCUUGUUUCAAAGUCAUCAACAAAGAAAAGAAGCUAUUCACCUUCUUCAACUUGAUAAGAUGUUUCAAACUUUUGGUGAUCUUAUUCAAAGAGCUUCUGAAUUGAUUUCUCCUGAUGAGGAUCCAAAUACAAAGAAAAAGAAACUUCCUACUUUAUUAGAAGAUGUUGAGGAAGAGGAAGAAUUGCAAAAGAGUGAUGAUUUUGAAGAUGAAAAAGGUUCCUUAGUGCACAAGCCGUUUUUGUUUACAGGAGAUGGAAGCAUUGAGAAAUUGAGUCUUAUAAAAGUGGCUACUGUAAUUGAAAAUUGUGCUAAUAAUAAAGACACAACCCUUGAGCUUAGAGGAAAAUUGGUGGAUCAAAUGGAAUGGUUGCCACUAUCAAUAGGGAAAUUAUCUGAUGUUACUCAAAUAGACCUAUCUGAAAAUAGAAUCAUGGCUCUUCCAACAACAAUUGUAGGUCUUAAGGCUUUAACAAAGCUUGAUCUUCAUUCAAACCAACUCAUAAAUCUUCCAAACUCAUUUGGUGAAUUGAUAAACCUUAUUGAUCUUGACUUACAUGCCAAUAAAUUAAAAUCACUUCCUGCUAGUUUCGGAGACUUGACGAAUCUCGUUGAACUUGACUUGAGUACAAAUGAUUUCAUACAAUUACCUGAUAAAAUUGGGAAUUUAAUCAGUUUAAAGAGAUUAAAUGUUGAGACAAAUAGGCUUGAGGAACUACCUUUCACAAUUGGGAAUUGCACUUCACUUAGUGUUUUGAAGCUAGAUUUCAAUGAACUUAAGGCACUUCCUGAGGCAAUUGGGAAACUUGAAUGUUUAGAGAUUCUCACUUUGCACUAUAAUAGAAUCAAGAAGUUGCCUACAACAAUUGGUAAUUUAAGUAAUUUGGAGGAACUUGAUGUUAGUUUUAACGAACUUGAAUUCGUACCUGAGAAUCUGUGUUUCGCGGUUAGUUUGAAGAAACUAAACUUGGGAAAGAAUUUUGCUGACUUAAGAGCAUUGCCAACAUCAAUCGGAAACCUUGAAAUGCUUGAGGAGUUAGAUAUAAGUGAUGAUCAGAUAAAAACUUUGCCUGAGUCUUUUAGGUUUUUGUCUAAGUUGCGAGUUUUUCGGGCAGAUGUGACUCCUCUUGAGGUGCCGCCAAAAGAAGUUGUCAAGUUGGGUGCUCAGGAAGUUGUGCAGUAUAUGGCUGAUUAUGUCUCCAAUAGGGAUGCAAAACUCUUGUCAUUAAAGAAGAAGAAAAAGAAGGGAUUUUGUUUUUGGUUUUGUUCCAUAUGUGGUCCUCAGCAGGAAUGAGGUUUUAGCAAAACCAUGUUGUUAAUUCAUGUUUCCUCAUGCUCAAAUUAUAUACUUCAUCCAUUCCAUAUUGUUUGGAACACCUUGUUGUUCCUUGUAGACUGUUUUUCCUAUACAAGUUUUGGAUUUGCCUUGUAAAUGAGUGCUUGUUUGUAACAUUUGAUUUGCUGUUAAUCAUGUGUAUAUAAUAUGAUUGUUUGUUUAUUACUUUGACUUUC